AACGAAGUUAUCAGGAUGUCUGAAGUUAAAGAGACUAUUGAUACAUUACCCGAUGAAAUACUGAAUGAUUUACCUAAACUUUCAUCUCUGACAGAUAGGUUCGGCAACACGUUUUAUUUCGGCAAUGCCGGCGGCUACUGGCAACCACCGUUUCGUAUCGGUGCCGACACUGACUACAUGACACACGCACGGAAUAUCAGAGACAUGGAGAUACGCCCUGAUGACGUCAUGAUAUGCUCGUAUCCCAAGUCAGGUCUCCAUUGGCACCAAGAGAUUGUGACCAUGCUAAAGAACAAAGCAGACAAACUGAGCACGAAAAUUGAAGACACCAUUUGUUUCUUAGACAAACAACCAAUACACGUCUUCACUAGCAGAGAAUCGCCCAGGAUAAUUGUUACUCAUGUGCCGUUUAGAUAUUUGCCGAAGAAAGCUUUGAAAAAGAAAAUUAAAAUAAUUUACUUGGACAGAAACCCCAAAGAUGUUCUCGUCUCGUUCUACAGCCAUCUGAAAAAACACGUGCAUCCCUUACGCUAUCCCGGAACAUUUGAGCACUUUGUUUAUCUCAAUCUGGAAGUUGGUUAUUUUUACGGCAACAUGUUCACAUAUCUGAUGGAUAGACAAGAAGGUAUUGACGCUAACCCGGAUGUUCCAUUCUACACAUCAGUGUACGAGGAUAUGAUAUUAGAUGAAAAAGCUGGUGUGAAAAAACUGAAUGAGUUUCUGGGGACUGGAUGUAGCGAGGAGCUGUGUGAGAAGAUAGCAGAGGCUUGUAGCUUCGACAGUAUGAAACCAUUUAAAGAAGCCAAUGCAACAAUAAAUGAAAGUGUUUGGUUUCGAAAUAGAGAAAUUGGUUACUACAGGAAAGGUGCUGUUGGCGACUGGAAAAACUGGUUCACUGAAGAUUUAAACGAAGAAUUCGAUCGAGAAUACAAGAAACACAUGGCCGGCUACAGAACUGUCUACAAAUAUACUUGAAAAUAAAACAAAAGUAUUAAGAUGAACAAAUGUAGAAACAUUUUAUUUU